AUGCUGAUAUUUUUUGUUUAUUCAGAAGGCAUUUGUAUUUCUCUUUUCAAAAUUAGACUUCAUUCUUUGUUCUUGUUUUUUUUUGUCCACUUUCCUUAUUCUUUCUUUGCUAUUCCCCCCCCCCCAAUUUUCUUUCUUGGUUCCUCUUCUUUGCUUUGUUUAUUUUUUUAUAUCCUUCCCUCAUCGCUCUGCUUUUCCAGUCUCUCCUCUGCUUUUAAUUGUAUAUCCUCUGCUUUCUGUUGUCUCACCUCUGCUUUUCCUCAUCUUUCCUCUACUUUCCGUUGUGUCUCCUCUGUUUCUCCUUAUCUCUCCUCUGAUUUCUCUUGUCCCCUCUCUGCUUUUCGUUGUCUUUCUUCUACUUGCCUUGUCUCUCUUCUACUCUUCCUUGUCUCUUUUCUGCUUUCAACUCUCCUCUGCUUUCUUUUGUCCCCUCUCUGCUUUUCCUUGUCUCUCUUCUACUCUCCUUUGUCUCUGCUUCCUAUGAUUUCCUUUGUCACCUCUUUCUCUUUUCUAACCUCAUUUCUUCUUUUCCCUUUCUACCUUUUCUUUUUCUCUCUCUACUUCUUCUUUCUUCUCUUUUUUCUUUCUUCUCUCUCUCUCUCUGCCUCUCUUUUCUUUUAUCUCUACCAACUUUUCUUCCCAUUUUCUUGCUCUUUCUUUUCUUUGAUCUCUCUCUCUCUUUCCUUUGAUCUCUCUACCACUUUGUUUCCUCUCUCUUUCCUUUGUCUUUCUUCUUUCUAUUCUUUUGUCUCUCCAUCUUGUUUUCUUUUUUUCUACCUCGCUUUUCACUUGUCUUACUCACUCUUUUUCCUCUCUUUCAAUUAUUUAUACAGAGAAAAUCUCACUUCUAUCUUAACCUUCCUCAGAUCUAAAAAGUGUGGGUGUCGCCAUGAGCCAUGUCUUUGUCUUUCUUUCUCUUCCCGCCCACUUCUCUUUCCUCUUUACUUCGACUCCCUCCACCCCCGUCAUUUUCCUUCCACAUUUCUUGCACACUAA